AUGUCAUCAUCCUCUCCAGCCAUACUCCCGACUUCGCCUAUAGAAGAGGAGCGAAGUCCGGGCUACGACCCUAGGAAGUAUUAUCCAGCCCGGAUCGGAGAGACCGUUGGGAAAUAUCGCAUCAUUUCCAAACUGGGAUGGGGUGCUAAUUCUACUGCUUGGUUGGCAAAAGAUACAUCCCGCUGGGCCUGGCAAUCGACGAGAUACGUAACGUUAAAGAUCACGAACUCUGGUGCUGAGGAGAGGAAGGCCGCGGAAGAUGAACUACAAGUAUCGCAUCAUAUUUCCGGAUUGCGGUCUGAGCACGAAGGCCGUGGGUAUGUCAGACUGGUUCAAGAUUCGUUUCAAAUACAGGGCAUCCUUGGAGACCAUCUCUGCUUGGUAUUUGAGCCAUUAAGGGAGCCGCUUUGGCUUCUAGGACGACAUCUUGGAAGCCAUGGAGUUCCUCCGCAAGUUCUCAAAGCCUUCUUGAGGGUUUUGCUGUGUGGCCUGGAUUUCCUACAUUCUGAAUGUCAUGUCAUACAUACAGAUCUGAAGGCCGACAACUUUCUUGUUGGGUUCGAGGAUGCUACAGUCCUCAAAAAUUAUGUCCGCCAGCAGGAAGUUCGUCCCGCUCCGCAUGUGCUUCGGAAUGGGCGCCCUAUAUUCGAAUCUAGGAGCGACUUCGGGCCACUCAAGAAAGGAGUAGGCAUGCUGAAGAUUUCCGACUUCAGUGCUGCUGUUUUCGGGGAUGUAUCAAGUCCGCAUAAACAUGAUAUUCAACCCCAACCAUUCUGCGCCCCUGAGGUUCUGUUGAAGGCUGGUUGGUCGUACAGUGCUGAUAUUUGGAAUCUAGGGACAGUGCUUUGGGAACUUUUUGCCGAUCAGACGCUAUUUGAUGGAAUAUGCCAUAAUAGCGACAGCGACCAACGAAGGGGAUAUUCACGGGAGGCGCACAUCGCCCAGAUGAUUAGGCUGUUGGGGCCUCCUCCUUCACAAUUUUUGAACAAGUGUGAUCCGCAUAUACGCAGUGAUUUGUUCUCGCCUCAAGGGGCAUUCAAGUUCCCUGAGCUGGUUCCCUCGGAGGAAUUCAAUUUCUCCAGUAUGACUCCAUUUCUAUGUGGAGAGGAUAAGCGCUUGUUUAUUGAAUUCGUUCGUAGAAUGCUCCAGUGGGAACCGGAGCGUCGAUCAAGUGCGAAGGACCUUUAUAAUGACCCUUGGCUUUACUAUAACCCUUGA